AUGGAAAUUUCUUCUUUCUUUUUUCCUUUCUUUCUUUUAUUUGUGUCUUCUUUGUUUCAUUUAUUUGUACUUUUUUGUUCCAUUGUUCAAGCAACUUGUUUGUUUGUUUGUUUGUUUUUUCUUUUUCUUCUUUUGUUUGCCUCGGUAUGUUCUCUUUCUCUUAUUGCGUUUUCUUUUCUUUCUUUCUUUCUUUCUUUCUUUCUUUCUUUCUUUCUAUUCGCCGUGACAUGGUUUCUUUCUUUUAUUUCAUCUGUUUUCGUUCUUUCUUUCUUUCUUUCUUUUAAUGUUAUUCUUGAUUUGUUUUUCAGAUUAUGUCGUUCUUUCUUUCUUUCUUUUUGUCUUUUUUUCUUUCCUUCUUUUUUUCUUUUACUGUUAUUCUUGAUUUGUUUUUCAGGUUCUUUCUUUCUUUCUUUCUCGGUCUGUAUUCUUGAUUUGGUUCUCAUUUUUUUCCCUCCUCUUUCUUCUUUUUCUUUUUCCUUCUCUCCUUCCUUUUUCACAAGUCUUUCCUUCCUGCUGUUUUAUCUGUUUGUUUACUUUGUUUGUGCGGCGAGGCGUGUAUGUGUGUGCAUGUGGGCGGGAUGGAGAGCAGAGGCAGUUGCUGCAAAAUUCUCGCCCUGA